GAGCUGCUAGAGCACUGUUUCGUCCUUCAGAACUUGAAGUUGAAGACGCUCUGUCUGAGGCGCAGGAAGGCGCAGGCAGGAGCUUUGGAGCAGGGUUCCUGCGCAUUCCACUAGUGUGUCUUUGGCAGCCUUUGCAGGCUGUCAGAAGCUUGGGAGCGGUCACAAGCAUCACGGAGGCCACUCUCAAAGAUAGCUUGGUCAGCUCAGCAUGUCUCAGUCAGCUCAGAUAAAGAAGGCUGGGGAUUGGAAUUGUCCCCAGUGCACGCACUUGAACUUCGCGCGCCGUGAUGCCUGCCAGCGGUGCCAGACGCCCCGCUUUAUGGCUGAUGAUGCCAGUGGUGGAGAGGGGACUUGGGGUCUGCAGUAUCAACAAGGCCCUAUGGGGAACUUUGCUAUGGAGCAACGCGUAGGAGAUGCUGUUGGGAUGGCUUCCAAUGUCCGCCCUGGUGACUGGUUCUGCACCAACCCCGCUUGUGGGGCGCACAACUUCGCAAGUCGCCAGAGCUGCUUCAAGUGCAUGGUUCCGAAGGUCGGUGGAAGUGGCGACAUGCUGGUAGAGAACAGCAAGAUAAGCAAGCAGGGGUUCAAGCCAGGCGAUUGGAUCUGUUCCAGGACCAACUGUGGAGAGCACAACUUUGCCAGUCGAGCGGAAUGCUUCAGGUGUGCGGGUCCUAGGGCUGCAGACAUCGAUCUUGCUAUCUGAGUGGCACUGCUGGGAACUUUCUGAAGGUAUCAAGCUAGGUGGAGAUGCAGUAGGGAGGAGGGGACAGCUACAGGUGUUUGCUGUGUUGUUCAGGGGACAGACAGGGUUGAUUUGUGUUUUUGACUGGGUACAAAACGACAAUCGCACGCAUAAUUAUCUUCAGGGGCAGACUUACUGAGGUUCGGUAGACAGGUAGAUUACUGCAUCCUCCUGCGCGUACAUUGAGAAAGUAGUGGCAAGAACUGCGAGGAUGCAGAUGGUGCCAAGAGAUCACUUGGAUACAUCACUGGCGGAGGUAGUCUAGAGGUUGUUGCAGUGCGCUGCAAUGAUGGGUGUAAGACUGACACCGGGCGUUACCUAGGACCUGAGGUGGUGUAGGACUGAGGAGACUCCAUUUACAGCAGGGUCCACAGAUGCUAUCAUAAGUUGCUCAUAAGAACAGCGAAAGCACCUUCUCAGCUGAUAUCCAUGAACUGAAAGUGUGCAAGUCAGGGACUUGUUUUGAAGUACAUUGCUUGCGAAAACGGAGAAUGCAGGAACUGAGAGAUUGUUACAAUCCAAUCACAAUCUAUCAAACGCUACAAUCAGUUCUUAGGCACGAUACCGGCAAACUUCAUGAGUUGUUACAUCUAUCAUAUAC